AACAUGGGUGGAAAAUCAACGUACAUUCGACAAACGGGUGUGAUUGCUCUGAUGGCCCAGACAGGAUGCUUUGUGCCUUGUUCCGAAGCGAAACUCCCUGUCUUUGACUCAGUAUUAUGCCGCGUGGGAGCAGGGGAUAGUCAGUUGAAGGGCGUCUCCACUUUCAUGGCGGAAAUGCUAGAAACAGCAAUCAUUCUUCGUUCGGCGACUCCGAACUCUCUCAUCAUCAUUGAUGAACUUGGACGAGGUACCUCGACGUAUGAUGGAUUUGGCUUAGCUUGGGCGAUCUCAGAACACAUUGCUUCCAAGAUACACGCCUUUUGCCUUUUCGCGACACAUUUCCAUGAG